UCACCCAACGAAGUUGAAUUUUAGAGCCUGAAUUACUCUUUUUACGUGUUAAAGUUCCAAGCAGAAAGUGAAUUAUGGACACCCAGAAUGCGAGUUACCAAGCUGGCCAGGUCAAGGGCCAAACUCAGGAAAAGGCAAGCAACAUGACAGACAAGGCGAGCAAUGCUGCCCUAUCUACCAAGGAAUCUUGCCAAGAGGCUGGUCAGCAGGUGAAGGCUAAGGCACAAGGGGCUUGUGAAGCUGUUAAGAAUGCAGUUGGAGGAAACAAAUGAAACUAAUAUUAUUGGAGUUCACCAUGCAAGACCUCCCCAAAUAAAUAUUUGUGCUUUUUUAGCGUUUGAGUAAUCAAUUUUUGUUUUCUUCUACUUUGUACUUUCUUUUGAUCUUGCUCUCAUAGAGCUGGUUGAAUUUGUUUUCUGAAUUAACAAGGGAACUCUUUUAUAGAUUUUUUCUCCA